CAGCUUAAGCGAGAUGUGACGCUACAAAGUGAAAGUAUGGCGGCAUCCAUUGAAGCUGGACUAAAGUUCAUCGCGGUUGCUCCCUAUUGAUGCGCGCGCAGGGAAGCCGGGAACGCGCACGGAAAACGGGUGGUUUAAACCGGUUGAACGUUCUCUCAAUGGCUGCAGAAGGAAAAGCCGACCUUGAGGCCGGUGAUGAUGGUUUAGAGUCAGAGAUUGUGUCUUUGCGAACACAAGCAGAAGCGCUGCGAGAGGAGCUGAAGACCUGUAAAGAUGAGCUCCAGAAGUUACAGAAACAGCUCAGCCAAAGCGAACGGCUCCAGAAGACCACAGAAAGCUACAAUGAAGAUCUCCGACAGCAGGUUGAUAAACUGAGUGCAGAAAUCCAUGAGCGAAAGAAAAGAGACAAGGAGAAAGUGGACGCUGAGACUCAGACAGAAGAAUAUACAUGGACCGAGACGGAUUAUUAUAAUUAUUACUAUGGUGGAUACUACCAGUCAGAAACGACAGCAGAACAGGAGACAACAGCAGAAACUCAGGAGAAUGUUGUCAAGGAAACUCAAGAGGCUUCUGUAUACGUUGAGGAGCAACAUCCCAGAAUAGCUGAGACUUCGGUAGCCAAUCCUGAGCAGCCAAAUGAAACCAGUGAUAUUCCCCAAACUGAGGAGGCCUCAGGAGAAGCCGGCUCUAUAGCAGACAUGUUAAGAGCGACUGCAGAGGAAGCCAUGAACCAGACCAACUUCGUGUUUGACGAAAGCUCCGGCAUGUACUAUGACCACAGCACUGGAUUUUACUACGACUCUUCCAGUCAGCUGUACUAUGAUGCGAACACAGGCAUGUACUAUUACUACGACCCAGAAAGCGGAAAAUACCAAUUCCACUCUAGGAUAGAGGUGCCUGCAGCCCUACACCCCGAAGUGGAGCAGACGCCACAGAGGAAGACCAAAGAUCGGAAAAACAGGAAGUCGGUGAAGAACACAGAAAGAGCUUCCUGUCCCGACGGAGGGGAAAACAAAGAGGUAGUGCUUGAGAUCGACAAACUGUCUGAAAACCAUCACAGAGGAAAGAAAGAUGAUGCUGGAUCUUUUAAGAAAGGCAGAAAGUCUCGCUCCAGAAGCCCUCAGCGAUCCAGGAGGACCAAGAGCCGUGACCGAAGCAGAAAACGAUCCACGAACAGAAAGAAAACACGGAGACGGAGCGAAGAUUCUGAUGACUCUCGCUGCAGUAGGAGAAAGGAGAAUGGCUCAAAUUCUGAAGACAAGAGAAAGAAGAAGACUAAAAAGAAGAGAGCGCUCAGAGACAGAAAGUCAGGAUCUGAUGAGGGAAGCAGUGAGAGUGAGCCGGAGGAGGGAGAAAUCACUGAGUCGGAUGGAGAGAAUCAUUCGUGUUCAGUUUCAUCUUCGUCCGCAUCUUCAGUUCAGAAAACACUUGACAGUCCUGAUGAAGAAAUGGAGAUGGAAACGCAGAUGCAGGAAGAAGCCUGGCCUCCGUGUGUUCGAGUAACUGUUGUUCGCUCUCCUGUUCUGCAAACCGGAACGCUCUUCAUCCUAACAGCUGAUACAGUCGCAACUAUCGGCAGAGAGAAAGACAUGAAUCAUGCCAUUAGAAUUCCAGAGAUGGGAGUCAGUAAGUCCCAUGCAGAAGUUUAUUUCGACCAGGAUCAGCAGUGUUAUAUGCUGAUAGACCAGGGCAGUCAAAACGGGACCGUCCUCAACGGCAACAGAAUUCUACAGCCCAAAGUUCGCUGUGACCCUUGUCCUCUGACCCACGGGGAUGAAUUAAAGAUGGGAGAAACGGUUUUGUCCUUCCACAUCCACGCAGGCACGGCCACUUGUGACGGCUGUGAACCAGGACAGAUCAUAGCACACUUGAGCCGCCAUAAGAAAGACGAAAGCUCUGUUGGACAAGCACAUUGCGCAAGGGCUGUUCUCAGCAAAGAGGACAAGGAGGCUCAGCGGCAGAAAGAACUGAAGAUGAUGAAGGUUAAAUAUGGUCUUAAAAGUAGUGAUUAUGAAGAGCAGAAACCUCUGAAGAACAGCAAAUAUAAAGACCGAGCAGAAAACCGCCGUCAGACAGUCGGGAGUGAAGGAAAGUUCCAGAGAGACGAUGCUCCUGCUUCUGUUCAUGUUGAGAUUGGUGAUGAAAAUAAGGGCAGACAGAUGCUGGAGAAGAUGGGCUGGAAACGAGGAGAAGGACUCGGCAAGGACGGAGCUGGAAUGAAGGAUCCGAUUCAGCUGCACAUGCGCAAGGCUCAGUCUGGUCUGGGAUCUUCUGGAUCCGCCAUGUCUGUUGAGGAUGCUUCGCUCACCAAAUCCAAAACACAGAGAAACUGGGAGCGCGCAAGAGAACGGUUCUCUGAAGCCUGCCACACCGACUCCUCCCAUCCUGAAAACAGCCAAUCACCUAAAGCCUGGGUCAAGAGCCAGGAGACGGAGUGACGCUUCAGAUGGACUUUAUUUACACUGUUUAUCUGAGUCAUUUCAGCAGAAGACCUUAUUUCCAUGAGGUUUGUAAAUAGACGCAAGUUCAUUUUAAUGCCACUCGGAGUGAUUUUUGUUUACAGUGAAAUUCAAUACUGAUAUAACGAACAAAUAAACAAAAGAUACAGACAAGCA